AUGGAUAUAGGUAAUCCCGAUCGAUCUCUCAGUAGAAAGUUCGAAGUUGGAAUUAUCACAAAAAAAUCACAAGGCGUUCAGAUAGAUGACUCCAUCUCUCGAUUGAACAGCGUAUUGAGCGAUGAUGAUGAGCAAGAAUGGCAUGAUGCUCAUGAAAACAUUUCCAUCAUGAAAGAUGUAAACUUUGCUGGAGUGCCUUUAAGAUAUGUAGAAAAAAUUAGUGUCGAAACUUUUCAAUCAUGGGAAGAUUGCAAAGCAGAAGAAAUGCCUAGUGGAGGUUUACCAGAAAUGAGUGAAGGUUGUCCCAGUAUUCUGGAAUCACCGCCGAAAGUUGUUACUUUACCAGAAUCGAAUCCAUUUACUCCCGAAAUCAAUCAUAUUGUGAUUGAGCAGUUAAAAUAUGCUCGAGCUGAUGUCCAAAAUGAAAUUUGGCAGCUGCUUUUGGAAGAAGGAAGUCUAAAAAUGUAUUAUAGGCAGUUGGAAAUUGACGGAAUAAUCCAUGAUCCAAUAAAAGCUAUCCAGAUCGUGCAAGGUGUGUCAGCUAGGGAGUACAUUCACUAUUUUUUUGAACCUCGGUACAAACAUGAGUGGGAUGAUACACUGGUAACAGCAAAAGUUGUUGAAAGAAUUUCAAUGGAUACUGUCAUUAUUCAUCAGCUUCACAAAAAAGUUUGGCCAGCUGCUCAACGUGAAUCCUUGUUUUGGUCAAAUGUACGAUAUCUCCCUCAUGAAAAAAGUGCUAAUGCUCUCGAUUUAUAUUUAGUAUGCAAUCACAACUGCAGUCUCCCAACAGUGCCGCUUAUACAUAAUUCAAAUAUUCGAGUGGAUUUGACGGUGGCGAUGUUGUGUGAGACAUUUAUAAAGGACGGAGAGAAGAAGAAUGUAGAGAAGCUGGAACGUAGCGAUAUUUCGUGCAAAGUGUGUUACUGUGCGCAAGUAAGUCCUGGUGGAUGGGUUCCAGCAUCUGCUUUGCGUCUUAUUUACAAACGCGAAUAUCCAAGAUUUCUACGCGGUUUCACAAAAUAUGUCAUUGAUAAAGUCGCUACUCAGCCACUGAUUAUAUAA